AUGCUAGCGGCACUGCAUAAGGGGAACUACACAUGUAUUCUGGGUAUCGAGACAAGCUGUGAUGACACAGGUGCUGCUGUGGUGAGUGAUGCUGGGGAGGUGCUUGGUGAGGCACUAAAUAACCAGCACAGUAUCCAUUUGAGACAUGGGGGCAUCAUACCUCCAAUCGCUGGAGCCUUACACAAGAAGAACAUUGAAGAGGUGGUCAGUAAAGCCAUGGCUCAAGCAGGAAUGGUGAUCGGAGACUUAAAUGCCAUUGCCACUACUGUCAAGCCAGGCAUGUCAAUGUCUUUGUCAGUGGGAACAAACUAUGGGAAGAGUCUGGCCCUGAGCACUGGCAAACCUUUCAUCCCCAUACAUCACAUGGAGGCUCAUGCUCUCACAGUUCGUAUGGUGGAGAAGGUGGAGUUUCCCUUUCUCGUCCUGCUGGUUUCCGGUGGCCACAGCCUAUUGGUGGUGGCACAUACAGUAGACCGGUGGUCCAUUAUCGGCCAGACCAUUGAUGAUGCUCCAGGAGAAGCCCUUGACAAGGGUGCAAGGCGACUUAAAUUACGUAACAUCCCUGAGUGUGCAGCAAUGUCUGGUGGACAGGCAAUUGAACACCUAGCAGCAAGGGGUGAUCCACAUGCCUUUGAAUUUCCAACACCAAUGUGGAAAUAUAGAGACUGUACCUUUAGUUUUUCUGGUCUGAAAAAUUCUCUUUUGAAACUCAUAAAAGUGCUAGAAAAGAAGUAUGAAAUUGAAGGUGGAAGCGUUAUACCUGGGGUUGAGGAUAUCUGUGCCUCCUAUCAGUAUGCUCUCACCAAGCAUUUGGUAAGACAGACUCACAAGGGUAUGAUUUAUGCUUCUGUUCGAGAACUGCUUCCCACAGAAAACCAAACUCUGGUAUGUAUUUUUACAUCUUUUUUAUUCAUGAUGGAAUAAUUGAAAGUAUACACAUGAAUUUUAUGAGUACACAUAAGUGAAUAAUGUGCAGUUCUGUCCAAAAAAAACAGUUUUUCAAAUUGAAGAAAUUUAGGUGUGGGACAACAUUACUGGAAUCAUAUGUGAAUGAUAAUAUGUCAGUUUACUCUGAAGAGUCAUUUUUUUCUUGU